ACCAGCCGGUCCGGGUUGCCGGCGGAGGCCAGAGGUGGCCGGCCGCCCUCGCCGAGGCGGCUCCGAGGGGAAGGGGGCGUCCCGCCGGAGGGUGGCGCGAGCGAGGCCUGACAAGGGGGCUGCUUCUCGGUUCGGCAGGGCCUGCCGGAUCGCCCUCCGGAGGCACCAGCGGCAGGGAUGGAGAGCAAGGACCCGGAGACCGAGAUCCACCCGCUGAAGAACGAGGAGGGCAAGGCGGCGGCGGCGGAGGGCAAGGGCACGGCCGCCCCGGGGGCAGGGGGCCUCCCCAGGAAGGCCGGGCGGCUCUCCCGGUGGCGCACGGCCGCCUUUUUCCUCUCCCUUUUCCUGUGCCUGCUGGUGGUCUUCGCCUUUUCCUUCAUCAUCCCCUGCCCCGUCCGGCCGGUCUCCCAAAAGACGUGGAGCAGGAGUUACGACAAUGCCGCCACGUACCCGUUCCUGGCCUUGGCAGACGUGGACGGGGAUGGCGUGCAGGACGUCCUCUUUGCCUUCCAGGCGGCCGCCGGGCACCUCGACCACCACCGUCGCUCCUUCAACAGCUCCUGUCCGGAGGCGGGCUUGGCCUCCCCCUGUGCCUUUGUGGCUGCCCAUUCAGGCACCAAUGGCAGCACACUCUGGGAGAGGCCGGUGGGGGAAGACCUCCUGCUGAUGGACUGCACGCUGGAACUGACGAACACCCCGGCCUGCCUCCUCAUUGGGAAACCUGACUUCUUGGCCGCCCUCGACCGGAGGACAGGUCAGGCUGUGUGGCAGCAGGUGGUUGACUUUGGAACCAAUUCCACAAUACUGAGUCCCCUGCUGAAGGUCCCUGAUAUCAACAAGGAUGGUGUGUCUGAUCUCUUGUUUUUUACGUCAACAGGAGGGAAGGUGACAUUUUUAUUCUGUUCUGGCUCAGAUGGCCGUCCGAUUGGGGCCAGCAAAGUCCUGCAUCUGCCAGGGUGCCGUGGCCAUCUUCUGCACCUCACCAAGAGCGGUGCCCUCUAUGUGCUCUUCUAUUCAGUAACAACUGUGUAUGCCUACUCGGUGGAGGAGCUCUUCCACAUGGUCUUGGAAGACCAUCAUAGCACUGCCCUGAAGGAGGACCCACACUGGGAGCUGACCAUUGACAGAACUACCCACCAGCUCUCCUUUCUCAGCACCGGAGAGAUCCUAUCUUUGGCAGAGGUGGCCAAAAAAGCGGGGGCCAGCCUUUUGGUGGCCAGGUCCGGCAUGCUGGAGCUGGUGGAUGGGCAGCGCCUGGGUUCCAUGUGGGUCACGGACAUACCCCACAUCUGGAGGGAGCCAGUGCUGGGGUCUUUCUACCCUGACGAGGUGGAUGUGCUCAUCGAAAGCCAAGUCUCGCCCACGAGGAAGAAGGUCUUGAUGGUGGAGGGGGCCUCUGGAGACAUUGAGUGGGAGGUGGAGCUGCUCUCCCAAGAGGACAAUCCCAGGGCGGCCACUUUGGCGACAGCCGAUCACAGAUCGGCCUUCCUUUUCUGGGGUCUUUAUCCUGAGAACACGAAUGGAACGGGGUCCUCUGAAGAGCCCCGCCCGUGGCAACCCCAGAAGCUCUACCUCUUCCACCCCUCUCUCCCCAACGUCCUUUUGGAGAUGAGCAACAGCUCCGAAGCCAUUGUGGCCUUUGAGGGGGUGCUCUUUGAGCACAGCCGCCAUGCCUGCUACGUGCUGCUGACGGGGCCGCAAGCGGGCAGCCCUCCCGGGAACGUGGGCCUCUUGAAGCGGAAGCUGAAGGAGGACGUGGCCAGCAGCCGCGUGAUCUGGCUCAGCCGGCUGGCCCAGGACUCUGACCAGAACAUCCGUGACCGUUUCUACCGGAUGAGAUACCGCAGCCUCCGCUGAACUCUGGCCAGGAGACCAGGAGGACUCAGGCGGAGCCUCUCCCCCAAGCUGCCGCUGGGGUGGCCUCCAUCCCCAGGUGUGGGAAAGGGGACAGAGGUGGAGUUGUCUGGGGGUGUGUGAGCAAAGUUUGGGGCUGCGCAGGUGGGCCUUCCUUGGCGCCGGCUGCCUUCCCAGCACCUUCCUACCCUCAUCCAGGGUGGCAGCUUCUUUUCCAGGAUGGUUCCUAUCGAGAGUGUAUCUAUGUGUGUGUGUGUGUGUGUGUUUGCGCCCCUCACCAGGUACAUGUUUGUGGCAGGCGAACGCCCUGUCCCUUGACUGACAUGAGCAGCGUUGGAGCCUCGUUUCCCCCAACGACCAAAGAGACCUUUUUUGUUGCCAGGUGGGGAGCCCACCUGUGCCCUGUCAGCCCUCCAGCUCAGAGGCCUCAGAAAAGUUCUGUCUCCUUCCUCGACCCCCCUCCCCAUCGCUGCCGCUUCCCAAUGCCAGCUUUGCAAGCAGGGGUCCGGCCGCAGCCUCUCGCUUCACCUGAGUGGCCCUUUCAGAGAGGCCGGCAGCCGGAGGAGCGCCUGGGUGGACGCAGGGGCCUGGCUCUGCCGAGCCACUCUGCUGGAGGACAGGGCCCCGCGCACGCGCGCUCCUGGGGUGGCCUCCCGCCAGCCUAGGACAAACCGCAUCGGCGAGGGUCUCCUGGGGCCCCAGCCGAGCUGCUUCCUCUGCCUGGCCUCCUCUUCCUGCUCCGAGCCCUUCAAGGAGCAGCCUUUUCCUCGGGGCUCCUGCGGGGUGGGGGUGAUGGGGGCUCACAGACGCAGGUGGGGCUUUGCAACGGUAACAAACUGCCGCUGGGGUCUGGCCGCCACCACCGCCACUGCAGUGGGUUGAAUAAAUCUUACUUGUGAUCCACA